AUGGAAUUGUUGAGGAGGCAGAAGGACAUUGAUAUGGGAAAAGUGACAGAACGCUACGCUGAAUAUGUGUUGAGUAUCCCAAAACCUGAGCGCCAGAAGUAUCAUCCUCGUACUCCCAACAAGUUCCGUAAAGUUUCUCGCCGUGCAUGGGAUGGGAUGAUUCGGAAGUGGCGCAAACAUUUACAUGAUUUCGAUAAUCUUAAUUUUGAAGAUACUUGGCGUUCCUUAUCAACUGAUCUCUCGAGUAAUUUUUCUGGUUCAUCAUGGGUUUUGGAAAGUGGUGCAUCUAGUGACACUGAAAAUAUAAACCCAGAGGAAUAUCAUAUUGCUUUAGUAAACCAUAGCCAACCUCUGUCUCGUACAUUUCUAAGUCCAAAGGAUCUUACAGCGUCACCAACUAUUAACGUUUCAUACAGCCGUCAUCAGUAUCGUAAGUACGAUGAAGAUGAGGAUACUUUACAAUCGAAUCCAAGACACUGUAAAGAAGAGGAACGUUUUCCAACUAUUAUACCUAAAGAGGAAGAGGAGGACACUUUGACUGGUUCGUCUAGCAUUCAUGAAAACCGAAGAAUAACGCGAAAUUCUAAAAUGCUUUCUGGGCCUUCUGCCGAUGUGUUACACAGUGGACUUACAAACGAUAUGCAAUCACUUGCUGCAGUUGCUCAAAAAAGGUCUUCAGUACAUCUCGAUCAAAGCAUUGCUGGUAAACGCCCAGUAGAUAUUCAUAGUUUCACUGACUUUCCUCAUUUGAAUUCGUCUGAUGGUGUUUUUUCUCCAAAUAAACGAAUUAAGCGUGGUGGUGUAAAACAUGAGGGAUGA